AUGCUGCAAAUUAAACCCACAGGCGCAACGCCGUCAGCACCAGCAACAGCAGCGGCAGCAGGCACAGCACACGCUCUUCUCAAACCCUCCUUCUUCUCCACUGCCCCUCCACCCGUCCCGCAAGCAGCUGCUGUUUCAUCAGUCUCAUCCGCCCCAUCACUCCCAUCAGCCUCCUCCUCCUCAUCAGCAGCAGCAGCAGCAGCAGCAGCAGGACCAGCAGCACUGCCAACGCCACCACUGGCAGCAUUGCCACCACCGCUCCCCCUCAUCUCUCCUGCUGCCCUCUCUUCUUCCUCUGGCCCCAUCUUCCCUUUAGCUACCUCCUCUCGCUCUGCCUUCUCCCCUCCUGCUCCAUCUUCUGCUCCCUUCCCUCCCCUCUCCGCCUCUCUUCUCUUCCCUCCUCACCCCAACUCUGCUCCCAUGCCUCCUCUCCCUUCCUCUGCAACUGCUUGUCACUUACUUGAAAGCGAAAGUGCAGAGAGUAAGACCGCUGGGGGAACUGGGUUGGGCCUGCAAGGGGGAAGAGGAGGGGAGGGGGUGGCGGUGGUGGUGACAAGGGAAGGGCUGAAGGCUGCUCUGCUGCGACUGGUGCAGGUUGGUGCAGGUGGCAACUGGUGGGGACUGGUGCAGGUGGGAAGUGGUGCAGGUGGGGACUGGUGCAGGUGGAAACUGGUGCAGGUGAGAACUGGUGCAGGUGGGAAGUGGUGCAGGUGGGAAGUGGUGCAGGUGGGAAGUGGUGCAGGUGGGGACUGGUGCAGGUGGAAACUGGUGCAGGUGGGAACUGAUGCAGGUGGGAAGUGGUGCAGGUGGGAAGUGGUGCAGGUGGGGACUGGUGCAGGUGGGGACUGGUGCAUGUGGGGACUGGUGCAUGUGGGACUGGUGCAGGUGGGAAGUGGUGCAGGUGGAAACAGGUGCAGGUGA